AUGUUUCUGCUAUGUCUUCUGUUUCUCCUUCCAGAUCAAGGAAGGAAAAUACAAGCUCAUGCGGAGAGUGACUCCGACGUGCCGGUAGAUCUGCCGAAGGUUGAAGAAAAGAUAGGUGCUGUUCCGAGUGGUUUGUCCACAGAUUCUGAUGUCACUAAAAGGGAAGCUGAGUCGAUCUCAAGGAGAUCUCUUCGCGCAAAUGCGGAGAAGUUUGAGUUCCAGGCGGAGGAGUUUUGUUUAUUGUGGACGGUUGCAAGCAAAAGCAUGUUAUGUGCGGUUAGUGUACCAAAGAAUAAUUAG